AGUACUGUCGUUGGCCUGCUGGAGGCGCCGUGGAGCCGCGCGGCCUCGGGUCUUUUUGUCUGAACUGGAUCCCGCUGCCGCUUCACAGUGUGCGCGAUUAAACCGGAGCCGCGUCCGUCCCGCACUGUCAAAAACCCACUCCAAACACCAACACAGGCGCAGCCGGUACCGUCGUUUCCCCGUGCAGCCAUGAGCAGUGCAGCGGUGCAGUUAGGCUGAGCUCGCUCGGGUUCGCGGGCUGCUCGGGCUGCCGCUGGAGCGGGUUUCUCCACUCUCAUCCUCCGUCAUUUCUUUAACUUUUCAAACACGCAGCCGCGCCGGAGCGGAGCGGACCGGAGCAUGGGAUCCCCGGACUCUUAGAAACCGAAUCUGAGCCGGGAGUUUGACCGAAUUUCAGCGAAACGAUGGCGAACUCGACGGGGAAAAACCUCCCCGAGCAGCGGAGGAAAGGACAGGCUUUCCUGGACGAGCUGCGGCAAUUUCACCACAGCAGAGGAUCUCCGUUUAAAAAGGUUCCCGUGGUGGGUGGGAAGGAGCUGGACCUGGGCGCUCUCUAUGUGAGAGUGGUGUCUUUAGGGGGCUUCGCGAAGGUGUCCGACAAGAACCAGUGGGUCGAGCUGGUCGAGGAUUUCCAAUUCCCCAGGAGUUGCUCGAAUGCUGCUUUUGUUUUGAAACAGUACUACCUUCGCUAUUUAGAGAAGUAUGAAAAGGUGCAUCACUUUGGAGAGGAAGAUGAAGAAGAGCAGCCGGGGAAUCCUAAACAUUUGCUUCCGAUUGGUGCAAUACCCACGUCAUACAACUACCAGCAACACACUGUAUCAGACUAUCUCCGCCAAAGCUAUGGGCUAUCGACGGAUUUUAUCCCUCCAUCCGAUUACAACAAACUGGUGCUGUCCCUCUUAUCUGGGCUCCCGAAUGAGGUGGACUUCGCCAUUAACGUGUGCACGCUGCUGUCCAACGAGAGCAAGCACGCCAUGCAGCUAGAAAAAGAGCCCAAACUCGUCACACUGCUGCUGGCACACGCCGGAGUAUUCGACGACUCAUUAGGCAGCUUUUCUGCUGUAUUCGGGACAGACUGGCAGGAGAAAACGUCACGAGAUUUUGUGAGGUUUUGGAAAGAUGUCAUUGAAGACAAUGAAGUCAAAGAUCUCAUCUCAGAUAAGAGCUGCACACCUCAAAAUGGAUUGGAGCUGAGGGACAUCUGCACUCCUCUCUUCCACCCGGCCCGUAACACCGGCAUUGGGGACGUGGAGGGCCAGCGGGUGCUGCAGGUUGCGAUGAUCCUGAGGAAUUUGUCCUUCGAGGAGGCAAACAUUAAACUGCUGGCAGCUAAUCGCACAUGUCUGCGCUUCCUCUUACUGUGCGCUCACUGCACCUUCAUCCAGCUGCGGCAGCUCGGCCUCGACACACUCGGAAACUUCGCCGGAGAGCUUCAGCUGGAUCCGGUUGAUUUCCGAACAACGCAUCUGAUGUUUCACACCAUCACCAAAUGCUUAUUGUCACGGGAUCGUUUUCUCAAAAUGAGGGCCAUGGAAAUCCUGGGGAACCUGAGCAAAGUGGAGGAUAACGGUGUGCUGAUCUGCGAGUAUGUGGAUCAGGAGUCAUACCGAGAAAUCAUUGCUCUUCUGACGCUGCCGGACGUCAUGCUGGUCAUCUCUGCGCUGGAGGUCCUGUAUCAGCUGGCUGAGCUCGGAGAGAUAACCUGCUCCAAAAUCUCCUCCGUGGAGAGAAGCAUAGAUCUUUUAGUACGGCUGGUCUCGGUGGACCUGCAGACAUUCGGACCGGAUGCACUGACGGCAGUGAAACUGAUCGAGCAUCAGGCCUCCAGCUCUCAGGUGUCCGAGGUUCGACCGCAGCUCGUAGAGCAUGUUCCUGCAGCUACGCAAGGCACUCCUGCUGCUGUAAACAGGACACCUGUGCAGUCUACGCCUCCACCAGGGAUCGUGGAAAUAGACGGAGAGAAAUUUACGACUCAGUGGCUAAAUGCUCAUUUUGAGGUGCAUUCAGAUGGGUCAGUCUCGCGCUCAGAGAUGUACUCUGAAUAUCUGGCAACCUGCAGCAAGAUGGCACGGGGUGGUGUGCUAACAUCCAACAACUUCUACAAAUGCCUGCGGACGCUGUUUCCUAAUCACACAGUAAAACGUGUGGAGGACACACGGCUGAAUGGGCAGGCUCAAAUCCACGUGGUUGGUGUUCGAAAGAGGGCGAUUCCUCUUCCUGUCCAGCUUUAUUAUCAGCAGCAGCAGCAGCAGGCCAGUCCUGCACCAGUUCCCAAACAUGAAGCCCCCUCAGAAACCCCUCAGGCCCAUUCAGCAUUGCCCCCUGGUGUGGGUGGGCAGCCUGUCCGGGCACCAGCACCAAGCCUUACUGCCGGCCAGGCAGCACCACAGGUGGCCUUCACCAUGCAUGCACCGCCGCUCGCUAACGCUCCUAGUGCUCCAGCUCCACGACCCCCCCUCAACCCACCAGGACAAGCCGCACUUCCCCCCUGCCCACCAGCCGCUGCCCCAGUUCCCAUACGCCCGAAUGACAUCCUCAAAACAGCCAUGAUCCAGAGCUCCAUCCCCACGGCCUCCGCUGCUCCUGCUGUUCCCAACCACAGUGGCUCGUCUACCCAGCAGCCUCUGCUCCAUCACGCCCCCGUUGCACUGAUCCAGCAGGGGCCACCCCCACAGGGACACGUAUUUACUGGUCAAGUGCAUGGGGUCUGUACAUCGGUGGGCCAGCAGCGCCCUCAAGCCCCUUCCCAGGAGGCCAUGGUGCUGGCGCAGCCUCAGUAUGUGACCACACCAUGCACUCCACUGAUGGCAGGAGGGCAGGUUGUAACUGUUGCAGGCGUGACAGGCUCUCGUGUUGCAUUUCAGAACAUUGCCCCCAAACCUACACAUCAAGUACAGUCGCCACAACCUCCGCCAACACAACCACAGAGCCUAGUCAUCGUCAGCCCAAAUCAACAACCCAACACUGCAUUUGCCCCUGCCAUCCAUCAGAUCGUUCUCACCAACCCCAAUCCACAGCAAACACCGGCUCCUACUUCUCCGAAUGCGGCGGUCCCGAACCCAGCGCCGGUGCAGCCGCACACUGUCAGCCAGAUGCUGUCAGUAAAGCGUCAGUUCCAGCCCACCCCGCCACCCGCUGCUUCCCCAGUCCAGCCUACCUCCACUGAAUCCAGUCUGAUCAAACAGCUACUGCUUCCCAAACGCGGUCCUUCCACCCCUGGUGGAAAACUCAUCCUCCCUGCUCCACAAGUCCCCGCUCCUGUUAGCACCAGGGCGCCCAGUCCGCAAGUCGUAUACCAGGUGACGAACAGCGCUCCAGUGCCACCUCAACCACAGUUAAACGUUCAGCUUAUGCAGAGUCCCGGUGCCGUUCCCAUCUCCAUCCUCCCCGGACAGAUCAUCUCCACCUCCACCUCUGGCACCAUCCUCCAAGCCACCCCCAGCAACCAAGUUACCUUCACAGUAGUGCCAAACUCUGGCUUUCCAGGCCAGGGAGUGCAGACCCCACCCACAAUCGGCCUGCAGCUGACUCAGACUCCGCCUCUGCCAGUAGCAGGAGCCACGCCCAUCCCGCCUUUCAGAGGCGACAAAAUCAUCUGCCAAAAGGAAGAGGAAGCCAAGGACGCCACAGGACUGCACGUCCACGAGCGCAAGAUCGAGGUCAUGGAGAACAACUCCAUCGCCGACGCUUCGGCCAAAGCCAGCAACGGGGAAACGGCAGAAGCGGAGGCACCCAAGCUGCUUAACGGGAGGAAAUUCGACUCUAGUCUACCUCCAUACCACUCAGGGAACAGCCCAUCAGAGGCGCCCAAUGGUCCUGUAGCGCAGAGCGGAUGCGACGGGAAGCAGACACCUGCGGACCCUAAAAAGCUAAUGGUGAACGGAGUGUGCGACUUUGAGCGAUCGGACGCCGCUUCCCAUCCAAGCAAAAACAUUCCAAAUCACAAGGCUUCCAAACACAUGGGGAACGGGGAGGUGCUGUCGCCGAAAGCUCACGGUGCACUGGGCCUUGCGGAGGACACUGCCAGAGCAGAGCCACCUGAACGCCUGGCCAACGGGCCCUGCCACGGCGCAGACCUCUCCAAUGGGCCCAGCUCAGAGACUUUAAGCUUGAGGCCACAGCACGCUCCUCAUAACCACUCGCCGCCUCCAGCCACUCCCAACCCGCCGUCAGCUAACGGCACCGCGGAGAGCCGGACGCUGAAGAGACCGCUGGAGGACGCGGACCGAGGUACCUCCGCUAUCCCUGCUAAAAUGGGUGUACGGAUAGUGACCAUCAGCGACCCCAACAAUGCCGGUAACAGCGCCACCAUGGUGGCUGUGCCAGCGGGCGCAGACCCAAGCACAGUAGCAAAAGUAGCAAUAGAGAACGCAGCGCAGCAGAGACCAAGUGUGCCCUCGCCGCUGCCUGAAACCAAUGCUCAGCAGCCUGUGUCAGUGCAGACUCCGCCUCCUGUGGAUCCGGCUGCACAGGGAACCAAUCAGAGUUCUCCAGCACCCGCCCUCUCUCCAGAGCAAACACGGAAACCUGGACAGAACUUUAAGUGUCUGUGGCAAGCAUGCAAACGGUGGUUUGACACGCCAUCACAGGUGUUUUACCAUGCAGCGACCCUUCAUGGCAGUAAAGACUCAUACCCAGGGCAGUGCCAAUGGGAGGGAUGUGAACCUUUUCCUCGCCAGAGAUUAUCCUUCAUCACACACCUACAGGAUAAGCACUGCUCGAGGGAAGCACUCAUAGCUGCACUCAAACUGGAGGAGCAAACGCAAGGCAGCAACCCCAACACUUCCAAGUCUCCUCCAGCGGCGGUCAGCAGUCCUCCUCCUCCUCCCAGACCCCCGAAAGCACUCGUCAACCACCCCAGUGCAGCUCUGAUGGCGUUACGCAGGGGCUCCAGGAACCUCGUGUUCAGGGACUUCACAGAUGAUAAAGAGGGACCAGUGACCAAACACAUUAGACUAACUGCUGCCUUAACGUUAAAGAACAUCGCCAAGUACUCUGAUUGUGGACGGAAGAUGGUGAAGCGGCAUGAGAAUCAUCUCUCUGUGCUGGCGCUGAGCAGUAUGGAGGUCUCCACCACGCUCGCUAAAUGCCUUUACGAACUCACGCGCUCUCUGCAGGCCUGAGCUCAACCCAAAAAACCCUCGGAAGGAGACGGAAAAACCUCCCAUUUCCCCCAUUCUGCUGCCACACAGGUCGCCAGCGGUGUUGGUUCCCUCCCUCCCUCCCCGCUCCUCUAUCUCUCUCCAUUCCACGACUCCCUCCCUCAAAAAAAACUGCCACGGGUCUUCCACCAGCCACUCAGAAACCAGCGCCCAUCUCACUCUCUCCAUAUUUAUACGCCUGGCCCAAACGAGCACAUUUUUAUAGUCCCAGACGAACGAGCGCCUCUGAUUGGGCGGAGGGGGAUUCUGUGGGCGGGGCGAAGUGGACGGCGAAGAGGUGCGGCUAGAGUUUUUGUUUCGUUUCUUUCUUUAUAACUUGAUGAUAGCUUGGUUUUUUCUUACUUGAGCCGAUUAUAUUUUCACUUAUUUAUUAUUGAGAUAAAUACCGCUAUGAGUAAAUGAGAAAAACAAUUGUGUACAUAUUUGUGAAUAGAUAUAAAGUUACAACAAACAAACAAACAAAAAAAAAAGAGAGAAAGAAAAAUCACCCUCCUUCAUGCCGCUGCUGCCCUCUUGGUAUCAGAAGCAUUACGUUUGUUUAAUAGUAGGUUGAGACUCACUUUUGGUUUGGUUCUUUUUAUAUAAAUAUAUAUAAUUUCAACCCCUGGUUAACUCGUAUGAGACGUGAUUCUAUACUCAGCAGUGGAUGAAUGUACUUAAAACCCUGUAAAUAUUCUGCGAAGGUACUGAUGCUGUAAAGUUUUUCUUUGGGAGGGCUGAGAUUGUUUUUCUUUGUGCAACUGUGAUUUGUUUUUUUUCUCCCCCUUUUUUUUGUACUAUUAUAACUUGUAGAACUCAUUUUGCUGGCUGAAAGAGUAUGAAAUAAUAUAUCAUAUGUCAUUUUGUAGAAGAGACACACACAAAAAAAAAACACACACACACAAAUAUUGAAGGUAUUCCCCUCAACCUGUAUUCACUGUAAGCGUGGAGUACGAGCCGCUCGCCCGUACCUUCCUUGAUUCUUUUUGUAUUUGUAAAUUGGUUUAAAUACAUGGAGUUUUAUACAGGUUUUCUCAUGUGUUCUUUGCUUUCUGUGCAGGUAUGAUAUUUUUCCUCCAGACCCCUUUUUUCUAUCUUAAUAAUAAUAAUAAUAGUGUGGGAUUUUAUUGUACUUCAUUUCUUUUGUUUCCUUUUUGUUCAUCCAUUCUUACGACCACGCCACAUUCCGGCUCCCGGACCCCAGGCUGUCCUCUCUGCUGUGUGUUGUGUAACAUUUAUUACUGCCUGUUGUGUUAGCAUCCCAGCGGGGGCGCUGCCCCUGACCUCCCCCUUUCACCAUUUCUGCAGUGUCUGUAGGGUGUGCGAUGAUACAUAUAUCUAACAGUCUGAUAUAGAUUGGCUUCAGUCUACUUUGGUGACUGUUUAUAGUUUUUAAAUAAAAGACUGAACAUUUUUGACA